AUGGUAGGCAUGUUUGCGACGUACCCCCAGCGCGUUGUGCUGGAGCCAAAAUUUCAGAUCACUCAGAACAGGAAGCACGAAGCGGUCCAGGGAGAGUUUGAGUUUCCAGAGGGCAGCCCAAUCUGGCGCGGCCGUGAGGUCAUGAGCAAGGUGAGGCCAACGGGGAAUAACGGGCAAGGUAUGGAGCAUGUGGUACAGUCGGCGAUUGCUGAGACGGAUGAGCAAAACGCCUUGGAAGGACCACCCAUGAAAGGCGCUACACAGAAGAUCCGGCAUGGGCGGCCCCCGCACCAUAGGUAG